GCGGGACUCGGCCAGUCCUGAGCUCCGCUCCUCGCGGUGCCGCGUACUGGACGCCUCCGCGCAGCCCCACGCGAUGGACGCCCCCCGGAGCCCGCAGAGCUCUCAAGACUUGUCAGAAGCUCUGAAAGAGGCCACGAAGGAAGUUCACACCCAGGCAGAGAAUGUGGAAUUCCUGAAGAACUUUCAGAAGGGACAGGUGUCUCGAAACGGCUUUAAGCUGGUGAUGUCGUCUCUGUAUCACAUCUACCGGGCGUUGGAAGAGGAGAUCGAGCGGCACAAGGCCCACCCGGCCUAUGCCCCCAUCUACUUCCCGGAAGAACUGCACCGCCUGUCCGCCCUGCAGGAGGACAUGGAAUACUGGUACGGCCCCCGCUGGAGGGAGGAGAUCCCCUUCCCCGAGGCCACCCGCAGGUACGUCGCCCGGCUUCACCAUCUGGGCCGGGAGGAGCCCGAGCUGCUGAUGGCUCACGCCUACACGCGCUACCUGGGCGACCUCUCCGGGGGCCAGAUCCUGAAGAAGAUUGCUCAGAAGGCGCUGCGGCUGCCCGACGGCGGGGAGGGCCUGGCCUUCUUCAGCUUCCCCUCCGUCGCCAACGCCACCAAGUUCAAGCAGCUGUACCGCGCUCGCAUGAACUCCAUCGAGAUGAGCCCCGAGACCAAGAGGAGGGUCCUGGCCGAGGCCCGGGCCUCGUUCCUCUUCAACAUCCAGGUGUUUGAAGAGCUGCAGGAAUUGGAGUCCCAGAACGCUGAAAAUGACACCCUCAAGCAGCAGAAAACGGAGCUGCGCGCGAGAAGCAAUGACAAGGUGCAAGGUUCGGCCUCUGGGAAAGAGAACGAGGAAUCCCGGAGGCAGGCCCACGUCCUCUCCCCGGUCCCCUUCCUGCGGUGGAUCCUGACCUUCAGCUUCCUGGUGGCCACGGUCGCCGUGGGCUUUUACGCCAUGUGAGAAGGGGCGGUCCCCGGCUUCUCUCCAUCGCCGACAGACCGUCCCCAUCGGAAACCCCGUUUCCGCUCUGGACGCUCCCUCCCAGUCUUGCCCGUUCCUCCGGCAGCGAAUCUAAGAAAUCUGGAAUGAUUUUGAUUUCUAAAAGAACCACUCCGUUUACUGGCCAAGAAGGCUCCCGGGCCCUGUGCCCUGAACUUUAUGAAGUGGACUUAUAAGUCCUCGACGCCAGAUGCCCAGUUCUGGCGCGGCUUCUCUCCGUUCCUGCGAAGAGCCUGAAACAACAGUGCCAAUGUAGCAACAUCUCCACGUCUGCAGCCACGUUGUGGUCCACAGGCUGACCUGACCCCCUCUCCUCCUCAUUGUCUGCCUUUUCGGUUUGAUCAUAAAGUGCUAAAGCCUGUUUUCCAAUGAGGCUCUGUGCUGUUCGCUGGUCUCUUUGGGAGAGAGGGAUUUUGUUUUGUUUGUUUUUUAACCGGACCUGUUUUUUACAUGUCUUUGUCUCCUUUUGCCUGUGUAAUAUUUAUGUAUCAAACAAUAAAUUCUACCGUUUAACAAAUGA